AUGGCUCUCACGGUGUUGGCUGGUCUCCUUCCCCUGAGUGUCUGUCUCCUGUUGACACCCGGCCCCACCGAGGCAGGCAGGUUGCUGGUGGUGCCCAUGGAUGGGAGCCACUGGUUCACCAUGAGCUCAGUGGUGGAGCAGCUGGUCCAGAGAGGGCACGAGUUAGUGGUGGUCAUGCCAGAGGUGAGUUGGCAGCUGAAGAAAUCAUUCAACUUUACAGUCAAGACCUACUCGCUCUCUUACUCUAUAGAGGAUGUAAAUCGUGAAUUCAAGAGGUUCGUUGAUGUGCAAUGAAAAAUUCGAGAACAAAAUUUACUUUAAAUGAUGAUGACGACACCCACCCAAUUUUUUGAUUACUUUUUCUCUCAUUGUAAGAGCUUGUUUGAAGACAGGAAACUAGUAAGAUACUUGGAAGAGACUUCUUUCGAUGCGGUAUUUCUAGAUCCUUUUGAUAUGUGUGGUCUGAUUUUAGCCAAGUACCUGUCCCUCCCCUCAGUGGUCUUCACCAGAGGGGCAUUUUGCUAUUUUCAGGAUGAAGGGACUCAGUGCCCGAGUCCCCUGUCCUAUGUCCCUAGAGGACUCUUAGGUUUCUCAGAUACCAUGACAUUCCGGGAGCGAGUGCAGAAUCUCCUCUUCCAUGUGCAGGAGCGUUUAUUUUGCCGCUAUUUUCUGAAAACGGCUGUAGAUGCUGCCUCUGAGAUUUUGCAGACCACCAUCACCCCCUAUGACCUCUACAGUCAAGCGUCCAUCUGGUUGUUACGGACUGAUUUUGUGCUGGACUAUCCCAAACCUGUGAUGCCCAACAUGGUUUUCAUUGGCGGCAUCAACUGCCAUGCAGGAAAGCCCCUGACACAGGUAAGCCCUGUGCCUGAGCAGAGAAUGCUGAAUCAGGCCCUGGGUUCUGUGUUUCUUACUGAACUAGGCUAG